AUGCCACAUGUCAUCUCUCGAACACCCAGGAUGUCCCACGGCAGGCAUCCUUCAGAUCGCCCUGAAGACAUGAAAAUCUCCUCCAGUGUCACUCGAGUAAUAGUGAAGACACCAGGCAACCAGAAAGACUUUGUUGUAGCUGAUGAUACCUCGGUGAGGCAGUUCAAGGAGAAGUUAUCAGCUCAUUUCAAAUGCCAAAUGGAUCAACUGGUGCUGGUCUUCAUGGGCCGUCUUCUCAAAGACCAUGACACACUGGGCCAGUGGGGCAUAGUGGAUGGCCACAUCAUCCACCUGGUCAUCAAGUCCAAGCAUGGCUCCAGAUCCCUAGCCCAUUCUUCUCGGAACCUGUCAACAAAUGAGUCGUGCCACCAGGAGAGAAACACCAAAGGAAAGAGCAGCGAGGUGUGCCAGCCUGCUGAUAAGAGUCAAGCAUCGGGGGAAUCAGUCCUGUUUGUGGAGUCUGCUGUGCCCAAGCUACAUACCCAGGAUCUGGAAGUAGGUCAGUCAGAACACAUAGCACAGAUACUAGGGAAUCCUAGUAUCCAGCGACUGCUGUCUAACAUGGAGUUCAUGCAGCAGUUCAUUUCUGAACACCUAGACAUGCAGCAAUUGAUUCAGCAGAACCCAGAAGUCUUUCACCUCCUUGACAAUUCUGACAUUUUAUGUCAAACUUUGGAGCUGGCGAGAAGCCUUGCCACGAUCCAAGAGGCAAUGCAGAUACAACGACCCGCACAGACUCUUGAGCAUUCAGUUAAUCUGCCACACUCCCUGGCCUUAGAUACAAUUGAAGGUGGGAACAAUGUCAUGAAUCAGAGCUGUGCUGAUACUACUGACCAAAUCAACAGUUUGCAAGACCCUUUUGGGGGUAACCUUUUCACAGCCUUGUUAGCAGGACAAGCACCAGAAGAAGCAGAAGACCAACCUUCAUCUCUGUCUCUGCCAUCCUCUCAGCUCUCCACAACCCGGGUCAUCUAUACUAGUUCCCAUGCCUUAUCCUCAAUCACUUCAACCAACACCACCAUCAGUGGGGUCAACUGUACUUCUAGGGACAAUGUUGCCACGGUUUCCACCAAGGAUAGGGGUAAUAUCUGUACCAUUCAACAGCCAGCAAGAACAUCAGCUUUAUCUGGUAUGAAGUUCAAUCAGCAGCCUCAGGAAGAAGACAAGAAUGGUAUCAUCUCUCUAGAGAGUUCUGAGCAGAGAUUAGAGGAUGAUCUCCAGCUGUCAGAUGAGCAAACCAACUCCCACAUCACAGGAGGCAUGACUCAGUUUCUUAUGAGCAACCCCUGCCUGGCAGCUCAGAUGAUGAUGUUCAUGAAUAUACCCCAGCUGAGUGAACAGUGCAGGCAACAGCUGCCCACAUUCUUGCAACAGACUCAGCUUUCUGAUCUGCUUCUAUCUCUAGCCAAUCCUAAAACAUCACAAGCAAUAUUGCAGAUUGAGCAGGGUCUCCAGCUGCUGGUCACAGAAGCUCCUAUUCUUCUACCCUGGGUUGCCCCCUAUCUAUGGCGCCUGGGUUGGCUCCCUGCCCCCAGCUGUAAUUAUCCUGAUGCAGUUCCCUUGACCAGUGAUGCUCCAGAGGUGGCUGACCCCAAAGCACCUGAGUGUUGUCAUAAAUCUGAAGCUGUCCUACAAAGGCUACAGACCCUAGCUGGAGACCUUUCCCACCCUCUACAAGCCCCUGAAAUUCGAUUCAGCAAGCAGAUGGAAUGUCUCCAGGCUAUGGGAUUUGGGAAUCACCAUGCCAACCUCCAGGCCCUCAUUGCUACCGAGGGGGACACCAAUGCUGCUAUCUGCAAGCUCAAGAGAACCCGGAGAUUCUAAUCCAUCACACCUACCUGUUUUCUUACUAACAGAUCAGACACAGUUGAUCACCUCACUUGCUUUUUCUGCCUCUCCUGAUACUUCUGUGCAGAAAAAGUCCUGGAAGAGAAGCACUCAACCCAUGCUUUCGCUGCUGAGUAACAGACCAUUGGUCAUGGCUGGAAGAUCUGUCAAUAAAAUGGCUACACCUACUU